AUAAUAAAUUUCAAAAAUGUUUGAAGUAAUCAAAAAUGGAAGAAGAUAAGAAAGACGAAGAAAAAAUACCCGAAUCAUCCGAAACUAGCGUGUCUUUGGACAAUAAACCUCAGCCAGAAGACAAAUCAAAUAAACGCACUGUGAAACAGAUCAUUAACGAGGUUCUAAAUUGCACUGUAAUACAACUACCACAAAGCGAACAGAAUGAAAAUAAAUCAGUCACAAAAGUAACAGUAAAAGAUAUUUUGGGAGAAAUUUUAGAGUACAAUGUGUUAGAUGAAGUGAGUACUUUGGAUCCGUUUAGUAUUGGAUCAGCAGAAACUUUUUAUAAUGGCGGUCCGAGUACUUCUAGGGCUGUCGAUGUAUUGGUGCAUUCACAAAACAAUACCAGUAAUGAAUCUAUAUUAUGUGCUUGUGGUCCAAGAAAUAAUGAGCACGCGUUACGGAGGAACGACUCAGUUGUUCCAGUUCCAAAACGAGCACUUCCUUCAUAUUCCUCAGUUAUGAGACAAGGCCCACAGGAAAACCUUAAGCCUACAGACUCCUUUAUACCUAAACUGCCCCCACCUUCCUACGCCGAAGCAGAAGGUAUAUUUUAUAAUGAUAUGGUCAAUACAGUUUCUUCAGAUUCAGUAAUUUUUGGACCAGAUCCUUUGCAUCUCAUCUGUCCAGUGUGUAGAGUAAUCGUAACUACAGAAAUAGAUCGGGAAAGAACUGGGUUCUCCCAUUGGGUAGCCCUUAUUUUGUGUAUAUUUUUAUGCUGGCCUUGUUGUUUGUUACCAUAUUAUAUGAAAUCGUGCAGUUAUACUUAUCACACUUGUCCCAAUUGUCAGCAUUAUUUUGGUAUGUAUAAUCCAUUUUAACA